AUGGCGCCGACCGGCCAGCCACCACCCGCCGCCGCAGCGGCCGGCUCCGUCCUCGCCAGCGAGGCUCAGCUGGCGGCGGAGCGACGGCGCGUGCUCGAUGGCCUGGCGAGCGGCUACCGCAUGCGCGGCCUGAGCGGCAAGCCCAAGGCAGAGGUCGCAACCCGGCUGGCUCGUCUCGGGCGCAUCACCGUCGCCGAGGUCAAGCGGGUCGCCGCGUCGUGCGGCCAGGAGCGCGGCGGCUCCAAGCAGGCGCGGCGGCGGGAGGCGUGGCACGGGCCGCCGCCGGCGGUCAUGCGCGCUCAGCUCAACGAGUUCCUGCGCCGUGGUGGCGACGCCGCGCUCUCGUGCUCGCAGUGCGGCUCGCGGCUGCUGCUGAUCGAGGAGCUGCGGCCGCGGAACGGGCCGACGGUCGUGUUUGUGACAUGCGGCCGCGCGCCUUCGCAGGUCGCCGAGCGGUGCAGCCGCUUCGAAGGCAUGCCCCUCCUCGCCGCGUGGGACGCGAUGCGCGACGCGACGAUCCCGCGCCUCUCGCUCGAGGCGACGGCCCUGCGCUGCUGCGGCGACCCAGCGGACGUGCUCGAGCUGCGCGCAGAGCUGCGCCACUCGGCGGCGGAGGAGGCGGAGAAGAAGUGCCUCGCGGCGCGCUUCCCUCUCUGCGAGUACCCUCGGAGCUGCGAGGGCGUGGCUCGGCUCGAGCGGCUCGGGCUGUGGUUCCGGCUGCGCGGCUACCAGAGGGCGGGCGUGCGGCGCGUGCUGCGGCAGGGCAGCUGCAUCCUCGGCGACGAGAUGGGGCUCGGCAAGAGCGUGCAGGCGCUCGCCUGCGUCGCAGCGCGCGAGGCGUGGCCGUGCCUCAUCAUCGCUCCAGCAGUGACACGGCGGGGCUGGGCCGAGGAGGCCGAGGUGUGGCUCGGCAGCGCGCUCGGGCCAGAGGACCUGCAUGUGAUGUACGACGCCUCGGACGCGCUGGGCGAAGUGCGGCCUCUGCCGAAGCUGCUCAUCACGAGCUUCAAGAUGGCGUCGCGCAACCACCAGUUCGGCGCGCUGAGCCGGCGGCAGUGGGCGUCCGUUGUCGUCGACGAGGCGCACACCAAGCUGCGCGCGGCGGAGACGGACUCGGACGAGACGGCCUGCUUGCUCGAGCUCCUCUCCAACAUCCCCUUCCGGCUGCUGCUCACGGGCACGCCCUGCACCUCGCGGCUCGCCGACAUGUACCACCUUCUGAGCCUCGUGCGGCCGGGGCUGCUCGGCGCCUCGAAGGGCGACUUUCGCCACUCCUUCUUCUCCUCCGCCUCGGGUGGCCACGUCUGCCGCUACCCCUCCCAACUGGAGCGGGUGCUGCACGCCUUUGCGAUGCUGCGCAGGACAAAGGCGCAGGUGGCGGCGGAGCUGCCGCCCAGGAACGAGCUGGUCGUGCGGGUCGGAGUCCGAAGGAGGCACGCCGACGCGCUGCAUCGGCAGCUCGCCGAGCGCCAGGAGCCGCCCGACGCCGCUCAGGCGCCGGCGCCUUCUCGUCCGGCGUCCUCGCCGCCGCCACUUAUGGCGGGCGUCCGAACCUCGGCGCACCGCGCGGGCUUGCUCAAGGCGAUCGCUCUGCACGAGUCUGGUUCCUGGCUCCGGGCGUGCGUCCGGCUCGACGGCACCUCCGACGGCCCCGCCAAGAACGCGCUCAUCGACCGGUUCCGCUCGGAGCGGCGCGUACUGGUGGCGCUGGUCUCGACGACGGCGUGUGGCGCGGGGGUGAACGGGUUCCAGACCGUGGCCGACCAGGCCUUCUUCUGCGAGCUGCCGCAGGACCAGGGGUGGAAGGGGCAGGCGGAGGCGCGGCUGCACCGCUCGGGCCAGAGCGAGCCCGUCACCGUCGUCUACCUCCUCGCGGAGUGGGAGCGGGAGGCCGCCGCGCAGCCGAGCGCCGCGCUGCUUCGCGAGUGCGAGAGGUUCGACGAGCGCCAGUGGGCGACGCUGCGCAAGACUGAGGAGACGAUCGCGAGCGUCGUGAGCGGCCAGGUGCAGCGGCAGGCGCACCCCGCGGGGGCGGGAGGCGGCGACAGCGCGGCGGACGCGGGCGACGCAGACGAUGCCGCCUCCGCCACGGCCUUCUUCGCCGUGAGCCGCCACACGCGGCGCGUGCACGCCUACUCCAGCCGGACCUCUGCGCGGCCGACUGGUGAGAGCUUCAGUGCGGCGUGGCCUCGCUUGCACGGCGUGCCGUCCGCUCGGUCGGGACUCCGGCGCUUGGCCAAGGAGGCGGAGGCCGCCGCCGUGUCGCUCGACGGGCGGCGGGAGGCGUCGACGUUGCGCUGCGCGCCCAGCCGCGCGCCCAGCGCCCUCGAGCAGGCAAGGGCUCCACGUGGAGCGCUGUGGAUACGCGCGGCUGUCGAGGAGGGGCUGAUCUCCGGCCGCUCCGCCCAGCUCGAGCACCACUGGCAGCCGGCGCUCUUCCCGGACGGCGGCGAGGGAGCGCAGCUGCUUUGCCACUCCUGCCGCGUGUGGGGGGUGCGGUACGAGCGGGUGGCCGACCUGACGUGCGGCGAGGGCGAGUGCUUCCAGGCGUGGGUGCUGCGGCGGAACCCUUCCGCAGUGCGCCACAAGCUGCGCAAGGCGUACGUGGCCGCUGUCGGCUCGCUCUUUUGCCAGGGCUGCGGCGUCGACCUGCUGCGGCUAGCGUCCGCGCUCAAGGCCCUCCCCGUCGACGAGCGGCAGCAGCUGCUGCGCCAGCGCGUGCCGCACCUCGAGCAGUGGGCCGGAAAGUGGACCCGCGCCAUCUGCGAGCCAACCGAGGGGCAUCUCUGGGAGGCGGACCACAUCAGGGAGGUGCGGCACGGCGGCGGCGAGGCGGGACUCGCCAACUUCCAGCCGCUCUGCGUCGCCUGCCACCAGCUCAAGACGAACCGCAACUCAGCGGCGGAGGCGAGGCGCCGCCGCCAAGCCGCCUUCCAAGAGCGCGAGACGCCGCCGUCCAGCCCGCCCCUCACGCCCACGCAGCUCGACGGCGCGGAGUGCGACGCUGCCGCAUCGGACUCGGACUCGGACGCGUCUCUGCUUGACUUGGCGCUGCGGGCUCAGGCCGCCGGGGCAGCGGGCGCCGCGAGCGAGUCUGAUCGGGGGCAGCAGAGGCAGUCAGAGGCGCGCGCUGCGGCGGCCGGCGUCGGGCGGCAGCGGCGAGCGGUGCGCUGCAGGGCGUGUGGCUUGCCAAAGAAGGGCCACGUCUGCACCGCUCGAGUCGCAGCGGCGGCGGCACCGGAGUUUGUCGAGGCGGUGUAA